CGCCGAGUAUGGGAUGAGAUGGUGUCCAUCAACACUCAACCUAAUUGUACUUGCGGUAAAUGUUCCUGCAAUAUUUCCAAGCAGAUAACUGAAUCUCGUGAUAGAGAUCGUCUUUAUGAUUUUCUGAUGGGUCUAGAUGACAUCUAUGAGCAUCUCAAAAAUCAAAUUCUGGCCACAAGACCGAUCCCAGCACUCACCUCUGCUUAUCAUCUGAUUUCAGAGAGUGAGUUACAUCGGUCGAUUUCAUCAAUCCGGAAACCAAAUAUGGAUGGUGCUGCAUUUUACACGCAAACCAAGAAGGAAAUUUCUCAUAUUAGACGUCCAAAAGAAGGCCGAUCUUGCUCGCACUGUGGAAAAACAAAUCACUCUUAUGAUAUGUGUUUUGAGCGCAUUGGCUACCCAUCCCACUGGAAUAUUAAAACUAUGGAAAACAAAGUGGGUGGAGGAACCCAUGCUCAUCAUCAUGAUUCACGUAACAUACGUGAUAUGGGAGGCAGAGAGAAACAUCUACAGGGAAAUAACAAUUAUCGCAGGCACCCUCCAAGUGUGGCACACGUGGAUAGUAAAAAUAAAAUUGAUGUUGGAGUCUCUGAUGAGCAAUUGCAAAAAAUAGCCCAAAUUUUGCAGACUCAGCUACUGGACAAAUCACGUGCAUCCACUUCUGAGAGUCAGAUAAAUAUGACAGGACUUACCCUCGAGGAAGCUGAUUGGGGUGGGCAAAUGUCGUGAUGGUCUCUAUUAUUUAGAGUCACCAGAAAAUAAGGGAGUGGCAAUGUCAGUUUCUAUUAAUCUUGAUUUGUGGCAUCAGCGGCUGGGACAUGCUUCAGAUCAAAGGUUACAUAAUAUUGCUAGUCUCCAAGGGUCAAAGCGAUUUAACAACUUCUGUGACUCCUGCAUACGAGCAAAGCAGACUCGUCUACCUUUUCCAGUCAGUAUCAUUAAGACAACUUGUUGUUUCGAAUUAAUACAUUGUGAUAUUUGGGGUGGCUAUAAGUGUGAUUCUAUUACCGGGGCACGUUAUUUCUUGACCAUAGUUGAUGAUUUCACAAGAGCUGUUUGGGUCUAUUUAAUAAAAAAUAAAUCUGAGGUUCCCCAAGUACUGAUUCAGUUUUUUAAAAUGGUUGAUACCCAAUUUGAAAAACGAAUUAAACGAAUACGAG